AUGGGCGUCCCCGGCCUCUUCUCCUGGGUGCGGCGCCAGUUCCCGGAGGCAAUCAUCCCGGAGGAGGUCUGGUCGAAGUCGUCGCCCGCGCCGGUCUCCUCUCUCUUCGUCGACCUCAACCACAUCCUCCACGCCUGCACGCACCCAGAGUAUCCCUACGAGGAGCCGAGCAGCCGCGAGGCGAUGCUCGAGGCGAUCCUGCUCUACAUCGAGGCGCUCCUCGCCCUCGUUCAGCCCACCGACCUCCUCUUCAUCGCUGUCGACGGCCCGCCGCCACGCGCAAAGAUGAACCAGCAGCGGUCGCGACGCUUCCUCGCAGCGAUGGAGGCGGCCGACCGGAAGCGGAUGCAGGAGCAGGCGCGCACCGCACUUGCGAGCCUCCUCGGGUUUGACUCGAACUUGCUCACCCCGGGCACCAGGCUGAUGGAUCUGAUGGCGUGGAUGUGCGCCUCUAUCGAGGCGGCGCUGCGGGAGCGGCUCGCGGGCGGCGGCCCCCUGUGGCGUGGGCUCGCGGUGCUCUUCUCCUCCGCGUCUGAGCCGGGGGAGGGAGAGCACAAGUUGAUGCACUACGUCCGG